AUGGACUUGGAGCCGGGAGAGAUUGUGGAUUUGGAGCCAGAACAAGUGGAAUUGCUCACCGAGUUUCUCAAAAAGCGAGAAGAAGAUUCUGGAAAACCGAUUGGGCUGGAAGAAAUGAAAGAUUGGGAGACUGAAGUGUUGGCUCAAUUCCAAAAAACCAUGGAACAUGCAAAAAAGAUCACAGGGUGGAGAGAAGAGGAAAUUUUGAAUCAGGCGGAUGAGUUGAUUCUGAAAGCCAAGGAAAUGUUAGAAUUAGAGAAGGAGACAAGUAUUCUGAAAUUUCUGGAAUCGAUCGUUCCAAUUCAAUCAAAUAAUAGAGAAAAUGGGAUCAGCAUUUCUGAUUGCUCCAUUGAUAUUUGUCUCGAUGGUUUUUGCGGCACGACACAGGAAAAAUGCUACCACUACACUUACCGGAAAGACAAACAAUUCAUCUGGGAACCCAACAAUUAUUAUAUCGAUUGUGAGAUGAUUGAUUUGGAUCCAUCCUACACCCAUGUCAAACCAGCCGACCGCUAUAAAAUUUCCGUUUUUAUGGAGAAGCAAUUGCUUGGAAAAGGCAAGGAUCUCGCCAAAAUACAUGUGGGUAUUUUGAAAGCGGCGUCUUAUGGUCCACAGUCUGAAGAACGGGAAGCUCCUUAUAAGAAGUUAGCAUGGACCAGAUAUCGCGACCGAAACAUCAAACUGAAACCUGAAAACGCGUGCCAACCGUUUCGUCUCCAUGGAAACUUGAUUCGGACUCGAAUGAACACCAAAUUCUACGCGAUGCAAGCUCCGACAACACUUACGGAGCACACCGAAGACACUCGAGUCGAAUUCCUGGAUCUUAUCGCCUGGGACGAUGUGAAAUACAUUGUGAUGCUUUGCAAUAAAGCAACAUCUGGAAAUUACUUUUGUAACAAUGCCGGCAGAUCCGUUAAAAUUGGUCCGUAUACGGUUAAAACGGUUUCCAAAUGUAUUUUUGGUACCAAGGACAAAAACGGGAACUCAGUGACAUGGGGAGAUGCUAUUAUAGUUCGCGAGUUGGAGCUUAGCAAGGAGCCAAAAAAACAAUUCAUUCUGUUCGGAAAGGAAAAGGAAACGAUGCCUACUAAAACAGUGACCCAUUACCAAUAUACAAAGUGGCGUGGAAAAGGGCUUCCGCCAUUGAAAUAUGCCUACGAUCCGUGUUGCGCUGAUGAGAACGGUGGCGUUAGCCCUGUAAUCGUCCACUGCAAGUACGGUACCGGCCCCACUAUGUCAUUCAUCGGUCUCGAAUACAUCUCUCGUCUCGUCGAAAUUUGGCCCGAAAAGUCGUUCACAGAAUUGGCGAUGCAAUUUGUCGCCAAGAGAUACCACGCAUUUGACAACUUGCAGCAAAUCUAUUGGCUUCAAAUUGGUGUGAUGAGAUUCUUGGAGAAAUCCAAUCAGUUCCCAACUGUUUCCUUUGAUAUGUGGGCUACGUUCAUCAGAAGACGUCGGGCUCAAUUGAAGCGUCAAUUGAAGACGUAUUUGAAAAAGGGGACUCCAUUGAAAAUAAAGGUUAAAUCGAAAUCGAAGGCUCAAUCGAAAGGAAAGAAAUGA